UUUUCAGAUUAUUUAUGUUAUGUAAAUCUUUUUUAUUUAAUUUAUUUAAAACUAAAAACAAAAAAUGUUGUUCAAGAUUAAUGUCUUAUUAUCCAGUAAAUGACCAAUUGAGGGAAACUGUCUCAAAAAUUUCUCAAAAAGAAUUGGCACCUUUUGCUAGUGAAAUUGAUAAAAUGAAUGGAUGGGACAAAUUGAGGGAUUUUUGGAAUAUUUUGGGACAGAACGGACUUUUGGGAAUUACUGUUCCAACGGAAUAUGGAGGUUCUGAUUUGGGUUAUAUGGAGCACGUUAUUGUUAUGGAGGAGCUUUCCCGUGCCUGUGGAGCAAUAGCUUUAAGUUAUGGUGCCCACUCUAAUUUAUGUGUCAAUCAAAUUCGUAGACAUGGUUCUAAUGAACAAAAGUCUAAAUAUUUACCUCCUUUGUGUUCUGGCGAAUGGAUUGGGGCUUUGGCAAUGAGUGAACAUGGUGCUGGUUCUGAUAUAGUUUCUAUGAAAUUAACUGCACGCAAAACUGGCGAUGGAAAAUAUUAUUUGUUAAAUGGGUCAAAAAUGUGGAUUACUAAUGGGCCUGAUGCUGAUGUUUUGGUUGUUUAUGCUAAGACAAACCCAGAAAAACAUCAACACGGCAUUAGUGCUUUUAUUAUCCAAAGAGAUUUUCCUGGUUUUUCUACGGGUAAAAAACUCGAUAAACUUGGAAUGCGGGGAUCUAAUACUUGUGAAUUAAUUUUUGAUAAUUGUGAAGUACCUAUAGAAAAUGUUCUUGGAAUUGAAGAUAAAGGUGUUUAUGUAUUAAUGUCUGGUUUAGAUUCUGAACGUUUAGUUUUAUCAGCUGGACCUUUGGGAUUAAUGCAAUCUGCUUGUGAUGUUGCUUUCGAAUAUGCACAUUCUAGAAUGGCUUUUAGCAGUCCUAUUGGGACUUUUCAAGUAAAAAAUAAAAUUGUUUAA